AUGCAGGCCCAGAGCUUGCUCCUGCUCCCCAUGGCCUUUCUCCUAUGCCCCGGGGCUUGGGCUGGUGAGAUCAUUGGGGGUCGGGAAGCCAAGCCCCACUCCACACCCUACAUGGCCUAUCUGCAAAUACAAGACGGACAGUAUAUAAAAACAUGUGGAGGGUUCCUGGUGUCGAAGAACUUCGUGCUGAUGGCCGCUCACUGCAAUGGAGACGAGAUCACUGUCAAGCUGGGACCCCAUAACAUUAGUGAACAGGAACGGAGCCAACAAGAGAUCCCCGUGUGCCACCAGAUCCUCCACCCACAAUAUGACAAUGAGACCACUAACAAUGACAUCAUGCUGCUGCAGCUGGCAGAGACAGUGAAGCUGAAUAAAUGGGUGAAAACCAUCCCCCUGCCACGCACCAACAAGAGAGUGAAGCCAGGGACCAAAUGCAGCGUUGCUGGCUGGGGCCGCACCAGCAGACAGAGUAAAUCGGCCCCAGCCACUACACUCCAGGAGGCGAAUUUGAAGGUGCUGGAGGAUGACCUGUGUCUGAAAAAUCCCGAUUUGACCUACUAUGACUAUGAUGCUUCCACCAUGAUGUGUGUGGGCGAUCCGAAGAAGGGCAAAGCCUCUUUUAUGGGCGACUCUGGAGGCCCCCUGAUGUGUGGUCGAACAGCCCAGGGCAUUGUUUCCAGGGGAUCCCAAAAGAGCACCUCCCCUGGAGUGUACACCAGAGUCUCCACCUUCAUCCCCUGGAUAGAGGAGAUGAUGAGGACGCUGGAGCCCUGAGCAGAGCCGGGAAUCACUGCAUGGGCCAGAGCUGCACCACUUCUGUCCUUUGGAGAGGCCCAGACAUAGGGCCUGCUUUGCAUGAGCGUCAAGGUAGGGAGCCUAGGGGAGUUAGAAGCCAGGUUUGAGGCCAGCUCCCGUCAGCUUCCUUGGAAAUCCCAACCCUUAGACUACAUCUUUGCUGGGGAAACAGCUGGGUUAUUUCCUCCCAGGUAACAGACUCGAGUUGAACCGUGGACUCAGUGGUUGGUAGCUCUCCUCCGUGUCAGCCGGUCAAGUGACGGUUCAUGGGAGAUCCUCGUCGUUACCUCGACCUGUUAACUCCUGUUGAAACUGAAGCCUGACCUGUCCUCACUGGGCCUUUCCCAUGGGUUUGUUCCCCCUGUGUGGCCACCUGCUGUUCCAGACACACCUGUUCCCGGUGCCAGCAAUGACAGUGGGAAGGCAACACAGAGACGGCUACGUUGAACUGAUCGCAGAUCAAACAUUAGCGCUGAUUCUCCCCUUCCC